AUGCUUGCAUUAUGCGAAGAAAGCAAAGAAGCUGGUAUUAAAACGUUGGUCAUGCUAGAUGAUCAAGGAGAGCAACUCGAACGAUGCGAAGGAGCUUUGGACACUAUCAAUACGGACAUGAAAGAAGCUGAAGAACACCUGAAGGGCAUGGAGAAAUGCUGUGGACUUUGUGUCUUACCUUGGAACAAAGCCGAUGAUUUUGAAAAGAAUUCCGAAUACGCCAAAGCGUGGAAGAAGGAUGACGAUGGCGGUGUAAUCUCAGACCAACCACGAAUCACCGUUGGUGAUGCAUCUAUGGGACCACAAGGAGGCUACGUUACCAGGAUUACAAAUGAUGCACGUGAAGACGAAAUGGACGAAAAUAUUCAACAGGUAUCAACAAUGGUUGGUAACCUUCGAAACAUGGCUAUUGAUAUGAGUACAGAAGUUUCGAAUCAAAAUAGACAGCUUGAUCGCAUUCACGAUAAGGUGAGUAUAGAGCUGAUUGGGGUUCAGUAA